AUGGCCGCCUUCAGAUACAUUGUCCCGGCUUUGGCCAUCGCGAGCGGUGUUGCCGCACAAUUCGGUAGCAGUGACAGCUCGUCUCCUUGCUCGGUUUCCGCCACUGCAACAAUCAAGAGCCAGGCUGAUGCCACUGCUCUCUCCAGCUGCUCCACCUUCCAGGGCAGCAUCUCCAUCGAUGCCGACACUGUUGAUAACAUCGACCUGUCCGGAAUCUCGCGCAUCACCGGUGACCUGAACAUUGAUGGCGCCUCCAUCACCCAGCUUUCAGGUAGCCAGUUGGCUGUCAUUGGCGGUGAACUGCACCUCAAUGAGCUGACUCGUCUCACCACCGCAAACUUCCCGUCUUUGGUCAACGUCGGAUCCAUCAGAUGGAACGCCCUGCCUAACCUGCAAUCUCUCAACUUCGCUCAGGGCGUGCAGAUGCUCAAGGCGCUUGACAUCCAGAACACCGGUCUCGCAUCGCUCGCCGGUAUCAUGCUCAACACCGCCGAGUCCAUCUUCAUCGCCAACAACAACUACCUGAAGGAGAUCAGCAUGCCUCUGGGUAACGUUACCAAGGGCUUGAACAUCAACAGCAACGGCCAGGGAUUGACCGUGGCGUUCCCCAACUUGAAGUGGGCGUACAACAUGACCAUCAGCAAUGCCGCCAGCAUCUCCACUCCGGCUCUCAUGUCUGUCAACACUUCUCUCGGCUUCUACCAGGGCGGCUUCGACUCCUACUCUGCUCCUAACUUGACCACUGUCGGCGGUGCCCUCUCCUUCGUGAGCGACAGCCAAUUGAGUAACAUUUCAUUGCCUGCUCUCACCACCGUUGGCAACGCUCUGUACAUUGUCAACAACGCCAACCUGAAGACGAUCGAUGGUUUCCCGCUUCUCAAGACCAUCGGUGGUAACUUGCUCGCCGUCGGUACCUUCUCCAACUUCUCGUUCCCUGCCCUCAGCACUGGCUACGUCCGUGGUACCACCAACAUGACCUCCACCGAGAACAUCUCCUCCUCCUGCUCCGUCUUCCAGCCUCUCCAGGGCAAGGACAAGCAGCUCCGCGGUGGCCUCACCUGCAAGCAGUCCGCCUCGGCCGGCAGCUCCGGCCAGAACGACAUCAACAGCAACAGCAACGGCGGCAGCACCGACAAGCCCAACGCCGCCGCCGGCCUCCUGAUCCCCAGCACCGCCGUCCUCGGCGCCGUCGCCGUCCUGUUCGGUCUGCUUUAG